GCUUGCACGUUCGGAACAAACUGCGGGAUUCAGAUAUGUAAAUAUUUAUGUGCUGUCGAUAUUUAUAAACUACGGACGUAUUGAAUAUCGACCACAUAACUCUGUGCAGUAGCGUGGAAUUCUACAAACAUUAUAACUUACAAGUGAACGAUGAGUGAUGAAAAGGCAGAAAAAAUGGCCCAAGAUGCAGUUCGUUGUAGUCAAUGCACAAAUGUGGUCGCUGUUCGAUGCAGAAGCUGUGGUCUUAACCUUUGCAGAGAUUGUAGAAACAAACAUUUAGAAAAUGAAGCACAGAAGCAUGAAAUUGAGCCGUACAAGCCACAGGUAUCCUCUCCAGACAGAUGCAUUGAUCAUUCUCAAGAAAACGUCCUGUACUGUCAGGAUUGCACAGUUCCUAUUUGCUUUCAGUGUCUUUUGGGAAACCAUGAGGGACACAGAAGUGUAAACUUGUCCAAAAUCACCACAGCAACUCAAAGCGCUGUCCAAAGCGACUUACUGGAAUUAAGGCACUUCAAAAAUGAAUACGAAAAUGUUGUGCAGAAAAUGAUAGAAAAGUUUUCUGAGUAUGCAGAUCACAGUAAAAAAGAAGCAGAUACUCUAGAAGAGUUGAGGAAAACUUGGCAUGAGAAAGUUGAUAUCACGAUAGACAAAAUCAAAAAAGAUGUGGAUGACAUGGUGAGAGAGGACAAGAAACACAUGCAGGAUAGUAUUGAAGAAAUGCAAGCAAUUUUAAAGCAUGUGGAGAACUGCAUUCAGGAAAACAAGAAACUUUUGAAAGAUAACAAAGUCUUGAAUCUCCUUAAGUACGAAUCUAUGGUCGAGGAAUUGCGACUUGUUCCUGGUAGAAUAGUCAUCCUACCGCCAAAAAUAAUUCCCUCAGAUAUUUCGGAAGAACAGAUUAUUAACCAGCUUUUGAAGCUCAAACCCUCCAAUAGAACAACAUUACCAGAAUUUGCCAUUAGCAAAACCUGUGGGGUAACGGCAGUAGCGGCCCGCAUGUUACUGGAAGAACCAGAACCUUUAGCUAUUAUAAAAACCAACAGCGGAAAAUUAAAAGGAAUUUGUUGUGAAGCAACAAAGGGAGUGUGGGUUUAUGGAGAUGAUGAAAAACUCAAGCAGUAUGAUAAACAUGGCACUCUGCUGAAGUCCAUAGCUGCGAUUUCGGGAAGUAGUCAGAAAGACAUUGCGGUAAACAAAAACGGCGAUGUUGCUUUUCCACAGAUCACGGAUGAAUGUGUUGAAUUACUAGUUGUCGCAGAAGACUGCAUCAAGAAGAUGAUAGAAAUGACUGGCUGGAUUCCAUUUGGUCUUUGCUUCAACACAGAAGACGACUUGAUGGUCUGCAUGCGACGAAACGACUACUCAGAGGCCAAAAUUGGCAUAUUUUCUGAAGGCGAAUUGAAAAAAGAAAUUCAAUUUGAUGAUAAUAAUAAGGCACUUUUUUCUGUAGGCCGGAACAACAUGUAUGUCACCGAAAAUGGAAACGGGGACAUUUGUGUUUCCGACUGGAACGCCUCGGCUGUCGUCGUGACCAAGAAAACCGGCGAAUUCCGAUUUCGUUACACCGGAAAUCUCUCUCGCAGCUACAAAGAAUUCUAUCCACAUGGAAUAGAUACUGACAACUAUUGUCGUAUUCUUGUUGUUGAUCGCGACAAUAAUUGUGUCCACGUGAUCGACAGGAACGGGAAGUUCUUACGCUACAUCAACUGCAGUUUGAAUGACCCCUUCGUUCUCAGCAUUGAUGGUGACGAAAACCUCUGGAUUGGGGAGAACAGUGAAUCGUGCAUCAAAAUUAUUAAGUAUUUGGAUUGAUACAGAAAAGAAGUAACUUUGUAUAAAGAGAUCCCUUAUCAAUCUCCAUUUUUUUUUUAUCUUUAACUUUCAUUCAUGUUUUCAGUUUGAGUAUGCAGUAUGCACACACAGAUGUUUUCAUUUUUCAUAAGAUGUUUUCGAUUCAUUGAGUAGGGGUUACGUUUCUUUAAAUGGUGAGAUGUUAACGUUGAAUGUAUACACUUGGUGGUAUUUUACACGAUUUCACCUAACUGGGUGUGUAGGAGCAGUUAAGGACAAAUUAAUAGUAUACCAAUUUUAUUUUAACAUCUUGCAUACAUGUAUAACAACUUAAGUCGUGAUUUUAUAAGUAAGCUGAAUUAAUUUAACCGUAUGGAUUUUUUUGUUUUCAAUUAAAGUUUCUCAAUGACGGGAUUUAAAGUCCCAAAAGAAAUGUAAAGACUACAUGUAUUUAGGUUGGUUGCAGGAUGAAGUUAAUUGUGGACAUAGUAAAAAGUGUACACUUUCUUUAUAUUCUUAAAGUUGAAUACGAUUUUUAAAGUCGCUAAAUCCGAAACAGACACAUAUUAUCUUACACAAUAAAAAUACUUCAUUACAUACCGGUACUAGAUAAUAUUGAAAAAUAAAUCAUAAGAUUGAUUUAAGAGUUCAUUACAAUAAUCCUUACAAAUAAAAAACAAAAAAAAACAUAGAUCAAAAACCUUAUUGACAAACAGAAGUUCCUGACGGGAAGUUAAGAUCUGUUGUGAAGUUACCUUUUAAAAAAAUAAAUUUAUCGGUUAUAUCUAAUUAUGAAGAUAAUUCAAACUCGAGUAUUUUCAUUAGUAGAAGCCUAGGUCAUAACAUAUCUUUUUUAAUAAAUUAAGAAAUUAAUCAUUGAAUAUAAUCUAUAGUAAUUUUUAUACUAAUAUGCAUAUUUAAAGAAUAAAGGAAAAUCAGAAUGAUAUUUUUGAAAUCUUUUUUUUAAAAGGAAGUUUAGUAACGAAGGCUAAAAUAUUGUCCGUGUACAGGUAUAAGUACUUUGUUGUUGAAAAAAAGGCUCGAGUUUGUUCUUAAAUAAAUAAGUUUAUAAAGUUAACUUUUUAACCGAAGGCCUUCUCAGAAGAUUUGAUCACGUACCGACCCACUUCAAUUCCCAUUGAAGUUUAUAAACUUGUUAUUUAUUACUUAUAUAUACAUUUAAGAUAGACAAUUAAAUUGUUAAAUUAUUAAAUUAUAUAUAAUAUUCAGAUAUAUAAAUAUUGCAAUAAAAAGUCGCCGUAGAUUGAUUUCCGUCAAAAGUACUGAAGGUUGUAAAUCGGCUUGAAAGGCGGUUACGCUUCGAAUUCAUCAGGCGAAGAAUUCGAUUUCGAAGGGAAAAUUUUGUUAAAUGCCACUUGUGAUCAGUAAUAGUGAACAGCUUGUUGUUUGGGAAUAUUUUUGAUUGUGAAAAUCGAUAAUAAAUGCUGAAAAGAUACAAGAAACAUGUCCGAAAAUUGAUGAUAAAAAGUUGGAGGAAUUUCUGUCGCCUGGAAGGGAUGGAUGGAUCCGAUGGAUGGAGAUACUUGACCGAGCCAGUUAAUUUGCAAUCAAGUAUUAAAUUUGAUCAAAAACAUUCAACCUACGAUUCCAGUAACUAAAGGCAUAUUUAUGAUGUAAACAUGGAGACACUGGCGACAGCUUACAUUGAAGUAUCUACCUAUAGCGCCGAUCGAAGUGUUUCUCAGCUGUUCGUGGCGUGAUUGCACCGGUUUGAUAUUUUUCAACCGAUUUAUACAUUUAUCAUGAUAAGAAUUUACAUGUAAUGAAAAAAAUUAAGUUUUAGUCUAUUCAUGAAAUUUUAACCUAAGGUACAUUGAUACUCUGAUAAGAGAGAUAACUCUUAAUGACACAAAUGUCUAUUAUUCCUUUAUAAAUUUGUCAAGUUUAAGUGCCUUUUUUGUCAAAUUUUGCCAUGUUAUAAUUGUUUGUAUUUUAUCCAGCAUAUACAUUUGCUUUGGAAAAUCAUAAAAGUUAGAGAAAAAAUCAUAUGAGAGAGCAGAGGGUUUAUGACCCUUAAGGUCUACCAAAAAAUAAGGAUAAACGUUAGCGACAGUGCAGCUUACAAAAGUGACAUAGGCCUAAACUAUUUUUAUACAAUGUUAUGCCUAGUAGGCUAAACAAAGGCUAGUUUCUAUCGGUAUAUUCAUAAUUCUCUAUGUACAUACAUAAAAAUGUAGGUUAUAAUCGAUCGCCAAAAAUGUAUGAAGUACUUGUUUACGUUGUAAAUAAAACAAUUAUUUUACUUAU